CAAAAAUGCCAGUGAUCUCAUUUGUAGACUUCGGAUUGAGGGAACAGCAACUUCGCUUCUCCAGAGCACACCCAGAACAUCAAGCUUCACUUUCACAACACUCACCCUGCACAAACUCUUCUUUGAACAGUCGUCACGAUGCCUGCCCCCUCGCAACUCACCAUUGCCACGAGCUCUGUCCUUCGCUUGUUGAAGGAGGAGAUUACCUACCACAAAGAGCUCGUUGACCAGGAAGCCAAGAUCAAGAUCCUGGAAGAGAAGAUCAACAGUGGAGCAGUCGCAUCUGACGAAAACCAAGAAUUCAUGCUCAAGCAGGAACGAACUGCGGCCGAGCAGACCAAGGCUGUGUUUGGACCUCUGAAGCAAAAGGUUGAGGAUGCCGUGACAAGGCUGGAGGAGCAGAUUGCGCUCAAAGAGGCAGAGGGUGGCCCCGAGGCGGAAAUCGAGCAGGCAAAGGCAGUGCUUGGACAGGCCAAAGCUGCCAUCAACUGAUCGUACAACUACCACAGCUAGGGACAUGACACGCGACGGGAUACCAAGAACUUGUCCGCCUGGGAACCUGGUCU